UGUGUCUGUCUACUCUGCAGAGUACAUUCAACUCGCCCCGAAUACGCUCACUGUCGAACGCCGUGACCUAACCAAACGUAACCCUAAGGGUCCUCGUUAAAUAAAUCUCUUUAGCUCAAUCCAGAAGCGAAAGAAAACGUGUGAUUUCGUCGCUAAUGUAAAUGGCUAUCACAUUAACAAUAGUGCGUUAUCUUGGCGCGCGUCUCUCACUGGACGCCUUCACGUCAGCUGGUGCUAUAGAAGUAAAGAAGAGGUGAAUCCACAGUCUAGGGUCCUAUUUGAGCACCGGCGUCCGUGCGAUUCACCGAGUCAACGUGUGUUCUCCGUGCUGUUUUGAGUGUCCGUAACUUCUGUGCCGUGUACUGACAUCAUUUCAUCAUGCCUGGCAAUAAAUGAAUCCUGAUUCAGCGCUCGACUCACAUAGAAUCGCGCGCGGAGAGAACUUUGCUUCGCAACUCUUGUGUGGAUACGGCACGCGCCACGGCAGCGCGCGGAGGAUCAACAACUUUCCUCAGAAACAGCGCUAGCGUCCUUCCUAUGUCGCUUCAAACCCUUCCAUGUCACCAAUUAUUGUCGCUCUAAUUGGACGAGCAUGUUUCAGACACCAUAUCUGCUCAAACUCGGGGAAAACAUCGUUGGUAAGCCUUGAGAAGCGGAUAAUAAAUGACUUUUAUGCGCCUCAGAGUCGCGUCCUCGCCAGGUGGACUGUGAAGAGACAGAAGAGGAAUGUUUAUCCGAAAUUCAUUGCCGCUUAGUUUGGGUUUUUUGCCGCUUUUGUUCAGUCACUGUUUUCUCUCAGUAUUUCUUCCGUUAUUGCAGUUUGCAAGAGGGGAGCUCCAGAAGUCAUGCUCACGAACCACAGUGGCACUGCUGGAAGGAAGCUGCCAGUUGCCAUGCCAGUGUAGGCCCUACCCACCGUUACCGCCUCCACCCCCUCCUCCACCGCCCCCAAGGCUCCUGGCUCCAACUGUGGCUCCCUCCACUGUAUCCCCCAUAAUACCCUGGAGGAGAGAGAUGGAGAUCUUAGUACUGGGGACAGUAAGCUGUGCAUCUGUGGUCUUUCUCCUCCUGACUGUCAUCAUUUGCUACAAGGCCAUCAAGAGGAAACCCCUUCGAAAAGAAGAGAACGGCACAAGCCGAGGGGAGUAUGCCAUGAGCUCACGCUGUAAACAGCAGGUAGUGGAAACCAAUAACACUGGAGUAUAGUGGCCAUGAUACAGCAAGACAUGUACAGCUGAACAUUCUGUUCCCUACUGCACCACCGUCUCUCUGGGCUUAUGAGAAGGACGCAAGGUAUAUUAUGAAUUUAAGAACUGUAAACCGCAUGGCUGCCCUUCUUGGGACAUAGAACGAUGUUUAAAGAAAAGACUGUAUAGGCAAGUAUAAGCAGGUUUUGUGGAGACUAGGGAAACUCCUAGCAACGUUGGCAGCUGCACGAGUAUCACGAGACUCAACCUGAUGACAAUAUACAACACCAACAAAUAAAAUAAACGCAUGCACUUUCUGUUGAAUGCAAUGA